UUACAUUAAAUUUUAAAUUUAAAUUCAAGCCAGUAGAUGAAGAAUGGAAAAAACACAUGUGAAAACUUGGGAUAUACGUUUAUAAAAUAUAUGCCAUUUGUGUUAGCUUAUUAUCAAAAGUACAAAUAUCAAGAUCUAUACAAAGUAUUGUCUAACGUUAUAUGUGGAGAUACAAAAUUUAGUACAUUACUACAAAAAAACAUUUGUUUAAGCAUAAAUACAAAUGAUGACAUUAAAAAACAUUUUCGUGAUGAAGAAUCUUUUAAUGAAUAUUUAAAUUAUAAUAUAAUAUUUGUAAAUCCAGUCUCACUAAAUUAUAAAGAGGCUCAAUUACUUUGAAGAAGAUAUGGAUGGCAAAAAGUGCAUUUAUCUCUUCCAAAAUAAUUGUACGAGAACUAUUGGAGUUGUCUUUGAAACAGAAG